CAUACUCAACUUAAUGCCUCUCAAACUUGCGAUUAUUUGGAGUGGAUCCCGUUCGAGAAAUUUGAAAUGGUAAAAUACAUUGGUAGUGGUGGAUUUGGUAGUGUCUAUUCAGCACUUUGGAUGGAAGGACCAAGAUGGAAUUGGGAUGAUGGUGCGCAAGAGUGGGCUCGAGCUGGCCCUAUGACUGUUGCUUUGAAACGUCUUGAUAAUUCACAGAAAAUUUCGAGCUCUUUCAUCAAUCAGAUUAAAACGUAUCACAAAUGCUUGCAAUCGGCAUCGUUGGCUGAGACAUUUGGAAUUACAAAGGAUCCAACAUCUAAUUAUAUGAUAGUUAUGAAGUAUUACGAAAAUGGUAAUUUAUAUCAAUAUCUAGACCGUUCUAAUGGAAUUCUUUCUUGGCGUGAUAUGAUAGAUAUAUUACAGGGAGUUGCUAGAGGUCUUGAAAGAAUUCAUAUUGAAGGAAAAAUU